AUGGCCAACGUUGGUGGCUUGGACUACGACGACAAGCUGCCCGCCAUAGGCGGCGUGACCAGCAGCACAGCCCUGGCUAUACGGAACUCGACCAUCAUAGCGCAUCGCCUGUCCAUCUACUUGCCACAGCUGCUGCUGCCCACGCGCGAUCCGCAAAAGCUCAUCAUGGAAAUCAAUUGUUAUGUGGCACAAUUUCGCGAGCUGCUCAUCUUUAUAGGCCAAUCGCGCGAUUCACCGGAAUUGCGGGAGAAAAUUCGUCGCUUGCGACGCAGCUGCGUGGAUGCGUGCAAGCACACGGCUCACCUGAUCACGCCACAGCCCAAGCAUUGUCUGGGCAGUGCCAGCGAGCACUUGAAUCUGUCGCUGCUCUACCAGCUGACGCUGCAGUUUCGCCACGAGCUGCUCAAGAGCCAUCGGCUCAUACAGCUGGUGCCGUAUGACAUGACGGACUACUAUGCACCCGCUCGCACGGCACCCUCGAAUCUGGGCAACGUCAUCAGUCAGAUAUUGCUGUGCAAGCAAAUCAAUCCGGACUUUCAGCAGGAGGAGCUGUGCAGCAUCGCCAAGGAUGCUCAGGAGUUGAACGAACUGCUCGACGAGCUGCAAACGCAUCUGCCCAGUCCCGAGACAGCCAACGAGGCGGACCUGUACGAGCAGCUGCCUUACAGCUCAGCUGAUGUGAACCUGGCCUUCCUCAAUUCGCCGCCCGCUUGGUAUAAGCAGCAGCGACGCCGCAGCUGCCGCACUCGCAGUCGCAGCCUCUGCCUCUGCUGUUGCCUUAAGUCAUCCCAGGUGAAUUCGUUUUGAAACAAAAUACGAUAAACAGUUACAUGUGGCGCCUGUCAUGAGACCGCUUCAAAACUAAAUCCAUACUAUAAAUUAGUUUAGCUUAGUCUUAACUUAUCUAACACUCAAUACAGGAAAUUUCAAAUAAAGCGAAAAAUUCCAGCUGAUAGUGCUCAAUGGGCGAACAGCUUAAUGAAUGGGCUUUACGUAUAAACCAUUUACUAGCAUGAUAUAG